AUGAAGCGUACAUUGAAGCGUACAUGGGAAGAGUGCCAAUUGGUGAAUAAAUGCUUGAAACGUCAGCCAUUUGGUGGUGGCGGUGAUGUACUCAGCAUGACGACGGCAAUGGAUGGAGAAGUCGGUUGGUUGGUGGAGAGUAGGUACAGCGACGUAUCAAGCUAUCCGCCGCGCGCUAUCCUUGCAAAGAUCAUGUUCUUACCAUGGCACAGCUGGUCGAGCAGCGAAAGAGACGACUGGCGCGACAUUCAGACGUGGUAUUCUACCGUAGAUGUUGGCAGAACGCUUGCGCUUGACGGCCACUUGUAG